UAGAAGGAAGGGCACUGCUUUGUCGGCGCAAAAUGGCUGCAAAGGUUCCUCCUGCAAUUUGGAUUGCAACCGUCGUUGUGGUUUUCAUAAAUGUCGUCGUCUCCUCUCCACGUCUCCCACGAACUGCCACAGAAAAGCGAAGUAUCGAUGGCCGAAUUUCGAUUAACGACAACAACAGCAACAGGAAAGAACGCUCUGUUAUAGGACGACCACGAUUCAACCAGGAUUCCAUGAACGCAGACUACACAAGUGGAAAGAUAGGCUACGGUAAGCAGAGGGAAAUAGUUUUUCCCGAUCAACUUGAUCAAGUGAUUGCAUCAAGAUCUGAGAACAUGCCUCAAUGCAACGGACAGCUACUUUGCGAAGAUGUCCCGAAUUAUCCGACGGGUUUAGUGGACUCAGUGAUUGAAAAGUAUCCAGGAAUUCGGAGAUACCAGAUCGAUGACACGUCGGAAUUCAUCAAAAGCAAGUCGAACGUUAAUGAAGCGGAUCAACUAUGUAUGUCCUAUAGAAGAGUCAUAUAUCCAAAGUUAGGACAAACCGUAACCGGCGAUUGGAUGUAUAUUGUCAACACGCCUAACUUCACGCAGGGAGUGUUGGUAGAACUUUGCCAAAACGAGGGCACAGCAUGCAGCAUAAUUAAUGGCUUCGCUCUGAAUUAUGUUACCACGUGUAAACAGAAAUACAUUUUCCGUGAACUUUACGCGAUGAGCGGCAGUAGGGUGGACCGUGAGCCAUUUAAGUUGGCAGCAAGUUGUUGCUGCCAUGUUGGUUUCAGUGACGACGAGGGGGACCGUUGAAGAUGUAGGAGAAUUGACAUAAAUACGCCUUGGCAUUAUUUGCUUAAUUUAAAUUUUAUUCGAUGUUCUUUUUUUUGUAAGUUGAUUCUAUUCGUUUCAUUGGUGUAACUUAUAGGACUGUGCUAGGUUAGGUACCCCUAGGUUAGGUUAGGUCCCGUGACGUUGGUGCAGAUUUUUCGUGUUAAGUAUGAUUGGCUUUUGGAAUGGAAAUCUAGGAAUUAGGAAAUUUUGCCAUUGGAAAUUUGAGAAUUUGAGAAUAUACAUUAAUUUACAAAAUUA